AUACUGACUGUAUUGAAGUAACUACUAAGUACUAGUUAGCGAAGACAAGUCGAACUAGAAGAAGAAAAGUCACUCGGGCUCCAGCCUGGCUUGGUACGACUCGUAGGGCUGCUGGGAUCCUUGUCCGCCUCCGCCACUCUCUAUCGCUGUUAGCAGUGGUGGCACUGCAACUGGUGCUAGCUGUCCUCAGGAGAAACUGGCCCUCACUUGCACCGAGUCACUAUGUUGAUUAUUGGCCUUACGAUAUUGGCCAUCGUGCUCAUGGUCGCCUACUUUAUAGUACGGACUCGCCAUCCUCCACCCAUUGCCGACCCGCAACGCCGGCCCGUUUCACCACCACCCACACGUGGUCCAGAUGAAGUCCCUGGUGCUGAGCCAUCCGACCCCAGCACUGGCAAUGCAGCUGACAUCGAUGCGGAAGGCAGUCUGCACCAAUACGUGCAGAGGCUCCAUACUGACCUUGGCAGUCCUCUUGUUCGCUUCCACCUGGGCACACAGCGAGUAUUCAGUGUAGCCUCGCCUGACCUGUUUCGCACGCUCAGCAGAUCAUUUAACCGUGCAGCGGAACUCUUCAGACUGUUUGAACCACUGAUCACUGAACACAGCAUCCAGUUUGCAAACGGCAGCGAGGGCAGGUCCAGACACCAGCUUCUGCGGGCACCUUUCCAGGAUAGGACUCUACAAUGUCUCUACGGAGUAUUUGUUGCUGUGGCAUCAGAGUAUGUGAAUGCCUAUGGACAGGUUGCACAUGGUAGACACGGGGAGCGGGUGAACAUUUCACGGGACAUGUUCCACAUUGCCAUGAAGUCCAUCACGCGCUGUGCAUUCGGCGAGUUCUUUGCGAAUGCAAGAGAGCUGGACGAACUGAGAGAAAACUACAAUGCAUGCUGGUCAGAGAUGGAGCAGCGUAUGGACAUGAGGCCACCAUCAGAAGAACGAAUUGCAAGAUUCAAUACAUGUCGUGAUGCGAUGUAUGCGCUAGUGCAGCGUUGCAUUCAGGAGAGGCAGGACGGCACUACCCCUGUUGACGAGACCAUCUUCAUUGACCGACUUCUAUCUAUGGAUCGUUCACAGGAAGAGACUCAUGGCGAUGCAAUGACGUUUCUAGUUGGUGGCUUUCAUACAACUGGUCAUCUUCUGUCCUGGGCCAUCUAUUUCCUUUCGAUCAACAUGGCUGUACAAGAUCAAGUUGCUGAGGAGGCUCAGGAGUUUCUUGGUGAUGAUCAUGUGCCUACUCCACAGAAUAUCUCCUCGCUUGUGGUCUCGCGUCGGGUUGUCGAUGAAUCGCUGCGGUGUUCAGUUCUGGCGCCUUGGGCUGCGCGCGUCUUCGAUGAAGACAUUGAACUUAACGGCUACACUAUCCCUGCCGGAUCUUCGAUUGUGAUUGCACUGGGAGUUGUCCUGAAUGAUCCUACAAUCUGGCCCGACCCUGACAGGUUUGACCCUGACCGCUUCACUCCAGAGAAUGUUGCCGCACGACCUGCCCGAUCGUUUGAGCCGUUCGGCCUGUCUGGCCGUAGGUGCCCUGGCUAUCAGUUUGCCAUUGCCGAAGUUCAGAUUGUGAUUAGCAUGCUGUGUCGACGCUUCAGGUUCCAGCUAGCAGGUGUUGAUGAUAUUCAGAAAGAAUAUGGUCUGGUCACUCAUCCAAGCAGAGAUAUUGAGAUUACCCUUACACCUCGCUAAGUCAUUUCAAAAGAGCUGUACGCCAAGAUGCCGUCAAACUGCUCCAAGACCGCAGUUCAUUCACACCCACUAUUCACGUCAGUUCAUUCUGCGGCGGCUUAGAAUAGUCUGGAAUUUGAACUGAUGAGUUUGUCUUGCUCUGUUAUACUAUCUUUCAAGCCCUGGACUAUAUGUAUGGUGGCUUAUGUGCCAUUUACUCAUCUCGAUAUUGACUCUUUCCCCCCAGUGUAAGCACUGGUGCUAUUACAUUGUACAAGUAUCACAAACUCAGUAUGCUCGCACACACGCACACACAUACACACACACACACACACGCGCACACACACACAUACACACACACACACACACACACACACAUACACACGCGCGCGCGUGCGUGCGCGCACACACACACACACACACACACAAAACAUGUACAUGUACAAUCAUAAUCAGCCGGGUAUCUUAGAAAGGUAGGCAGGGUACAUGUCCUGUAUUUGAAAAUUGACGAUGCCCCCCCCCCCCCCCCGGUGAUGCGAUUACAGUCAAUUGUUUUCUGCAGAUGAAUUCCCUUUUCACAUCCCUCAAACUAAUGGUUCCCUUGGCCCUUCGGGAACGGACACGAUAAUUUACUCUUUUUUUUUUUUGAACUAAUGAAAAUUGACUGAUUUUGUUGAAGUUUUAUAAGCAGCUGCUAUGAUCUCACCCUUCUAUUCUAUUUCCUAUUACAACUCGAUAUUUUUCUAAACGUUCUUCAUGAUGCUUCAAAGUAAGUUUUACUCUGCCUUCUC